GGAUUUUAAGUGCUGUGUCGAUCGUACGUUUGCGGCAGAAUGUCAGCCAAGCAGACGCGCUUGUUUCCCGAUGUGCUCAGCGGAAAUUCGAUCAACGUUUCUACCUUACCGUUUGCUGAGAACGAAUCGUGCGUGCCUUUAAAAGAGCCGUUUAUACACGCAGUAUCCGCAGUGCCGGCUUUGGUGGUGAUUGAAAACCUUGUCAUACUACUUGCUCUGGUCUUGUACAGAAGCCGACUCAAGCACAGUAAUGUUUACCGUUAUGUGGCGAGCACCUUGGUUGCUAAUUUGGUCACCAGCGCCCUUGGCUUUUAUCACUUUAUCAACUACUAUUAUGGAAUCGAGUCAGCUCACCCGAAUCAUUGGUGGGCCUUUCGAAAAGGUAUGACGCUUGCCUUGUCUCUUGUGUUGUGCGGCAACAUUGGCUUAAUGAUAUACGGCAUCGAAGACAGUACAUACAUUGUUGGCAGAGUUUCAAUGCAGACCUCAGAACAGUCAACAAGAUUGGACCCAAAAUUCCGAAGGCGAAAGGCCAACGCGUUAAUAUGCGUUGUCUGGGCUCUGCCUACCAUAUAUGGCCUGUUGGCGAUGACUGAUUGGAAUUGUACGAAUUUAUGCAGUUGCACGUUGAGUUACAAGUCAGGAAAAUAUCUCUGCCCCGUCGGAAGGUGUUCACAUAUCUAUACUCCAAUGUCAAAGAGCUAUCUUUUAGUUGUUGUGAUCUUAUGGGCUCUGGAAUGCAUUGGGCUUCUUUUCCUACUUUGUAGAUCAUUCUGCAACAUCCGGGGAAGAGGAGACGGGAGCGAGAGCGGAGGUCGAAAGAUCAGCAUCCGAAAAGCGCUCGGAAAGUACCAUGCAUCACAUCACACUGUCACCAUUCUAUUCAUCCUCUUCGUAGUCUGCACUGCGCCAAUCAUGGGUCUUUUUUUCGCUGAUUUUAUCCAACAAGAUGCUCAUUUCAGUCACUUUCUUGUUAACUGCAUCACACCGCUUCCCCUGGUAUACUGUGUUGUGAGUCCUAUCCUUAUCACACAGAAAUUAUCUGGAGUUCGAUCCGCACUUCUCAUGGUAAUGACUUUCUCGUGGCUUAAGCCACAAAGUAACACUGGGCCAAAGAAUGGGGAGAAAAAGACGCCCCAAACCCCUGACAGCACCAAUCCUACUACGCAUUAGUACCGAUAUUUUGUUCAUUGAUCAAUUAACUGUGUGAAAUAAACCAACGAACAAACAUAGCA